UGCCCACAUUACCAUGUGAAAGACAGGUGGGCUGAGUGACUAAGAUAGUUGUGAAGCACAGAGUUCUCCUUGCCCCAGUGCUGUCUCCUAUCUCUCUUACACCCUGUGGUGUGUGCACCUUAGGAAAACGAGCCUUAUAGACCAUGACACCCUGGUACUUGUCUAUAACCUCAAACCGUAGACACACAGGUAAAUUUCCUCUGCCUGGAUUAGCAUGAUUAUUAUGGUUAACUGGCUAAACCUGUCUACCGGCAUGUGUUCUGUAGGGUAACAGAGGAAUUGCAGGAAGGCUUGUAGCAAACCACUGUCAGGUGUGCCUUGGGUCUUGCCUUUUGUAGAUACCAGACUAACGAGCAAAGGCCUUGGUUGGGUUUACCUUACAAGAACAGACGAGUGCCAAGGACACUGAGGAACGGCUGUUGGACAGGAAACAGACUUUCCAGGUAUAUACUUGUGUGAGAAACUGACCAAACAAUGCUGCUCUAAAAUUAAUUACCUUGAUGUCCAGACAAUUAGUUUCCUGUCAGUGAACACAGGUUGGAUAGGGUGUGGAUUAUUCUGUACAUGUACUAGGCAAGUGUAUGUGCUACUGAAGCCUGCGAGUUUUACAGCCAGGAAAAAGCUCCGAAACCAUUCAUUAGAAAAUCGUCCAGGACUAUUCCAUGUUGAACAUCAAAAGACAAAAGUAUAAAAACAUUUCUGAAAUAUUUUCUGUGAGUAUGAAGUUAUGAAAGAGAAUUUUUGUCAGUGCUAAAAGAUAAGGCUUCAAUUUCAUUGGAUUAGAUGUCGUAAUAAUUUCUAACCUAACCACACCUGGGAUUUUGAUUACCAAGAGGCAAGGUGUUGUAUUGGACUGUUGGCAGGAUUAAGUCUUCUGCAAGAUUAGGUGAAGAAAUAAACCACCAAACCUUAAGUAUCAAUGCUGAUGCAGGAUUACAACAGCACAUGCCUAGGUCUGAUCUGAGCAACUGUUUUUCUAGCUGUACUAGCUUUCACAGAUCUCCUGACUGCUAGGGGAUUUAAUUUCCUUCAGGGUUUUGGAUUACCUUGGUGCUUUGGAUUUAAUCAGUGAGCAAACUAUUGCAGCACAACAACUGUCCUUGCGUGCAGGAAGUCACAGAUCUUUCUGCAGGGCCAAACAGGAUUUUCCAGGGGGAGAUUUUCAAGGGUUUAUACUGUAGGGCCACUGGAUUUUACCUGAAGGCACAACAGGUAGUUGGAUUAUAAUUAUUCUUUGAGGUGUGAAUGGCUCUCAGCACAGGUGCCAGUUCAGUGUGAUGUAGACAGUCAAGAGAAAGAGAUCAAUUCACUUGUUUAUAAUUUGUCGGUAUAAACUUUACCUGAUCGUGAAAUCUGCCAAAAUGUCAGCCGUGGAGCAUCUGGUAAUCAACCUAGAACAUGACAUAGAUGAGCAGUAUCAGUACCAGCCGGGUGAGAUUGUUCGCGGGCAAAUAUCCCUGCGGCUCUUGCGCCCAUCCCGCAUCAAGAACAUCUUGCUGCAAAUCAGAGGGGAAGGCGUGGCAGCCUGGGAAGAUCAGCAUUCUGGUCAGCGAUAUCAAGCCUCGGAAACUUACAUCAAUGCCUCCAAAUCUGUGAUAGAUGUUGGACCGGGCAGCCCGCUGAGCUUGCCCGACGGUCACCACGAGUUCCCAUUUGAGUAUUUCCUCCCUGAAAACCUUCCUUCGUCAUAUAUCGGCAAAUUUGGCAGCGUGACCUACGUCCUCAAGGCCACAGUCCAAGGUGAGAAGGUAAUAGACAAUAACUUGACCUCUGAACCUUUCCUUCUGCUACGGCAGUCACUGUUGUCAGAGUCCACGCGACAACCUGUCGAGAUCAUGCAACAAAAGCGAAUCUAUGGCACGUGUUCCUUUGGGAAGGUCAAGGCCGUUGUUAGUGUGAACAAAACCGGUGUUGUCCCUGGUGAGGAUUUGUUCAUUGCGGCUCAAAUUGCUAACCGAUGUCCUAAAACCAUCACGGCUGUUCAAGCAUCUCUGAUCAUGCAUAGCACAUUCACUGCCAAAAACUCCACCAACAGUUUCCAGCAAAUCGUCAACAGACGCAGAGAUGAGGUGGACCUUGGUGAGGGUCAAGGUCGUCGAUGGCAGAAUGUUCGCUUAACAAUCCCACCGUACAUCCCAGAAACAAAACUGGAAUUCUGUGACAUCAUAGACAUCACCUACCUGUUCCAGUUUAGAGUGGAAAUAUCUGGCGGCAAAGACCUCCGCCUAGAAAUACCUGUGGUCGUUGGCGCGUCGUCUCUCAAAAACCGCAAAGUGUUGGCGAUGAACGGCAACGGGAAGCAUAUCAACAGUCAGUGGGCAACCGUGGGGCGGGACAUGCCGCACAGUGACCUCACCAUGUUGGCCAUGGAGACUAAGGCCCAGGAUGACAACGACAACCAUACAUGGCAUCACGGGACGCUUGUGCCAGAGAUGAGGGCCGGUGGACCUGUCAACAACCCCAUCUUUGGACGAGGGGACAGUUUUAUGCGUGCCACAGAAAACAAACCCAUCGUAACACAGCGCGAACCCACGCCUGAUAGACAGGAUUAUCCAGAGGAGAUUAUAGAAAACACCAGAUUAUAGUGAACGGUGUAACACACCUAGGAACCACACACUAUUACAGCUUAGCACUGUGGCAUAGUCCAUAGACAUGUAGACUCUUGCACUUACAUUCUCUAUCUUCAUGUACUAACUGUGAAGCCAUUACAGGAAAAUGUGGAUUUUCAUCUGAUUUACCAUUAUUCUGAUUAGUACCUCAGGAAAUAAAAGCAGAUGGACUGGAUACGAACGGUUCAUCGUGUGAGUUGUUUUUGUUUUGUUUUUUUUUCAAACUCCUGAUCCUACUGACUGGAAAUGUUUAGCAUUUUUCUCAACGGAUUUUCAUGCAGAAAACAACAAAAGUGUACCAGAUGAUUUCAUGCACAUGUAUGCUACAAGCAGAAAGUAUUCGAGAACAACUUUGGAUGAGGUCAUAACAGAAGGUGCAGUAACCCAUUCUAAUUCAGUGGCUUACUGGAAGUGUUUGAGAACAAAUAAAUCCAACAAUGAAUUCUGUGUGUCGGUUAGAGGCUACAUGCAUAAAGUGGAGGCCACAGAACAGCUUUAUGUACAGAUGAACCAGAAAGAUUUUAUCACUCCAUUUGCCCUGGACAAAUUAUUGGGAUUCAUUACGUCACAUGGAUUGUGCAAAUAUCUAACCUUAAGAGGACUACAUGCCUAUACAAAUGGAAUAAGGUAUUAUUAAGACUGCUGUGCUAUUAUACUAGAACAUGUACAUGAUGGAUAUACCUGUAUGUGCCCUUCACGUAAACUGACUGAAAUAUAUGUCAAGUUUUAACAGUGAUGUUUUUAAUUAUUUUAAGACCAGUAACAUUACUUUAAAUGGUAUUAUGACUUUUUUAAUAUAAAUAUUAUCAGCGUUUUACUACACAGAGUAUAUAUUUGUGAAUACAUCAUAAAGAUGUGUUUUAAUUAUUGACUGUAUUAUUUACCUGUAAUUUCAUGGGAUUUUUCAAAAGACAGUUGCCCUGCUUUACAAACUUUAGUGUAGAAGGGGGAGCAGUAAAAAAAAACACCAUACAUUACAUAUGAUUUGAUUAAACAGUUAUUCACAUGAAAUUUUAUUUGAGUUUUCAUGUAGUACCGCAGGGCGAUUCACUGAUGAAAAACUCCAUACAAUUCUUGAUAGCUUACAGCAGCAGUAUGCGUGUUUGUUAUGUGUAGACCACACAAGGGUGUCAACCAUUCAUAUCUGACACCUUUGUCCUUGUUAUGUUAUUUCCUACAUACAUGUAUAUAUUUUAAGUGUUAAUAUCCUGAUGUUUUAAUCACACCAGUAUAUGGCAUUCGUAUACAUAUAAUUUGUGAUAUGGUACGUAUUAAAUCCAUCUUUAUAAUUCAGCAUGUUGUUCUGUAAUAUAACAUUUAUGAUACACUCUAUCAUUCUAAAGUCAUCUUGUCUACAAAAUAGCUUAACAAUGGUCAAAGUGGCCAGUACACACACAAUCAUUUUAAAGAAAUACUAAAAUAUGAAGUAAGGUUUAUCAUACAGACAACUGAAAACUGUAAAAAUACUUUCAUUUUGUUUUUUCCCCUUUUUUUUGAGAGUGUUGAAAGGCAUUCAAAUAUUUGAAUAGUAUGGUGGGUUUAUGAACCAAUCUAACGGUAUCUAGGAACUCUGACGUCACAUCACCAUUUUUUCCUGAUGUUCACCACACGAAAGGAAUUUUUGGGAACAUUAUUUCAGUAAUCUUCAGUAAUGGCAUAAAAUAGCUUUGAACACCUUUCUUUAAUUUGAUUUCUUGUUUAUUAAAAUCAGUGCUUGUUUAGUACCGUUAAAAUUAAAAUUUGGAAUAUCUGCACAGUAUGAUGUGUAAUUAAGACAAAUUCUACCAUGAUUUGAACUUCUGGGACCGUGUGUACAGUAAUCUACAAGACAUCAGAAAAAUGUUCAUGUGUUUAAAAAAAGUCAAAAGAAUUGGCCAUAGGUGAAAACCCCAACACCCGGCCACUGGUGAAAAUCCUAACAUCUGUCCAUUGGUGAGAAUCCCAACACCUGGCUAUUGGUGAGAAACCAAACAUCUGGCCAUUGGUGUAAAUGCCAACACCUGGCCAUUUGUGAGAAUCCCAACAUUUGGUCGUUGGUAAAAAGUGCACCACAUGGCCAUUGGUGAGAAACCCACCAUGUGGCUGUUGGUGAGAAACCCAAAAUCUGGCAAUAAGUGAGAGACCCAAAAUCUGUCAAUUAGUGAAAGACCAAAAAUCUGGCAAUUAGUGAGAAUCCUAACACCUUGUCGCUAGUGAAAAUCACAACAUCUAGUCACUGGUCAGAAACCCAACACCUGGCCAAUCAGGUGAGAAUCUCAACACGAGGCCAUUGGUGAGAAACUGGGCACUGCUGAAAAUCCCAGCACCUAGCCAUUGGUGAGAUUCCCAACACCUGGCCAUUGGUGAGAUUCCCAACACCUGGCCAUUGCUGAAAAUCGCAACAUCUUACUAUUGGUAAACAUCCCAACAGCUUGAUGUUGUGGUUAACUGACAUUAAAAACAAUAAAAAGUUAACAGAAAUUCAGGACAAAAAAAAAACUUAACUCAUCCAGUCACUGAAUCAACAACAUCCUUCGAAUUCUACAAAAAUUCUCAAUGUUUCUGCCUCAACAUCAAUGCUCAACAACUAGUGUUCAUCUUAAACUUAACCCUGGGCUGAACCAACUGAAUUACUGGAGAAACGGGAUACAACAUAGCCUACAUUUAACACAAACACACAAGAGAAGAAAGGGGCAUUUUAUACACACAUCCAGUUGUUAAUGACAGGAAUUCCACUAUGUUUAGAGACUGGUAAAAAGUCUCCAGUAUUUCCAUAGGUAUUUAUUAAUAGGCACCUUGCAUGUAUUGUUUAAUUUCAAAUUCAACACUAAGGCUACAGUACACACCUAUAAAAUAAACAAGUGCAUUGUUGCUUUGUAAGAUGGAUUAACGUAUUUUCCCUAAAAAUUUGCUGUUGAAUCAAUUUCUACAGCUAAAUAAAGGCUAUAAAGCUU